UGGCCGGUUCCUUACCAAACCUCUGAACCGGAAGGUUUUCAACAAAGUGGACGGAUCAAUGUAAAUACGAUAAAAACCAGGUUUUAGGGCACUUUUACCCAAAUUUGAUCGAUCUUUGUUUCUCCACUCUGCCUCUCCUUCUCGUGCGUCCUAGACUCCAACGAGGCGACGACUCACUCAGUCAGUCAUCUCUCUCAAUUGAAGUGUCGAACAAUCAGAUGACUCAGAUCUUCAUUAGCUACAAAGGCAGGACACUCAAUCGAACUCGAACGAACUAAAGGCACAGCAGAUCGUCCUUGAUCCUUCACUCGAGAGUCUGAGACACAGCAGGUAUACUACACAACGAGACUGCAUCGGUGAAAGGUUUUCUAUUGGAACUCGGCGAAGAAAAAGAAGGAAGAAGGAAGAGGAAGAAAGUUGCCGUGUAUUUUGCGUGAAUCUUUUUUGUUUCUGAAAUCGUUAAUUUGAUUGUCUAGUCUUUAGAAGACAUGGGAGAGAGAAAGGUGUUGAACAAGUACUAUCCGCCGGACUUCGAUCCGGCGAAGAUACCUAGGCGAAGACAACCUAAGAACCAGCAGAUUAAGGUUAGGAUGAUGCUUCCCAUGAGCAUUAGAUGCAAUACUUGUGGCAAUUACAUCUACAAAGGGACCAAGUUCAAUUCGCGCAAAGAAGACGUCAUUGGCGAGACAUAUUUGGGAAUCCAGAUAUUCAGGUUCUAUUUCAAGUGCACUAAGUGCUCAGCCGAGAUUACUAUGAAGACAGAUCCACAGAAUUCAGACUAUGUUGUUGAGUCCGGUGCAAUGCGGAAUUUCGAACCUUGGCGUGCCGAGGAUGAGGAAGUAGAGAAUGAGAAACGCAAAAGGGAUGCUGAAGAGAUGGGAGAUGCAAUGAAGUCUUUGGAGAAUAGAACCUUGGACUCAAAAAGAGAAAUGGACAUCCUUGCUGCACUGGACGAAAUGAAGUCCAUGAAGUCAAGACAUGCUACUGUGAGUGUAGAUGCAAUGCUUGAGGCCCUGCAGCGCCAAACUCAGGAGGAGAAGGAAAAAAAAUUGGAAGAAGAAGAGAAAAAAUUGGAAGAAGAGGAUGAAGCUUUGAUAAAAUCCAUAUUUCAGGGAUCAAGAGUUGUCCGAAGGAUUCAUGAUGAAGAUUUUAGUGAUGAUGAGGAUUUGACUUUGUUUGCUGCAGACAAUGGGGAAACAUCAAGCAAUAAUUCAAAGAGGAUAAAGGUUUCUGAAGAUCUAUCUGGUAACCCAACAGAUUACCUCACAAAAACAAGCGUUGUUGACAAUUCCAACAUCAAAGGAGAUCCAGCGGCUUCUGGAGCUUCCGGUGGUGGUAAAUUUAUUUUCAGGUCAUCAUCGGUUAGAGUUUCUGCUGUCAAAAAAAUGCCUUCAGCUUCCAAUGAUAACAAGCCAGCAAAAGCGGAGGAGAGCGGGCAAGAGGAAGAACAUAAUGCAACAAACAUUACAAGCAAUGGAUUACAUUCGCUAUGCCAACAAUAUGAUAGCGAAGAAGACAAUUAGUUUGUUAGUUAGCUACUGAAGCAGAAAAGGCCGCUGGCCUAUUCAUAAAUUCCAGUUGGGGUAAAAAACGAUGCUUUUCUUUAAGCUGAUGAUUCAUUAGCAAAUGCAAGUCUUGCCGCUAUGUCUGGAGCUACUUGUGCAGAUCUGUUCUUUAUUGCGUCACGUUUUACUACCAUGAAGGUCUCUCUGAUGUAGGUGACAUUGCAAUCAAGUGGAGCUUGAGGGGGCUUGGACCACUUCAAAAGUAAAAUUUGAGCAGUCGUACAUACUUCCAAUUGGACUCCACUGUUCCUGUCUGAAUGACACUGAACUUUCACUCUCUUGCAGAACUAAUGCUCGUUCGUUGUGAAAUUAGCUAUUGAAAGUUCUUAUAUAAACAUUUGAGCAAGGAUAAUCGUGCAAAACUUGACAUAACUUGUGGCAAAACUUAAUACAAAACUUGCAACCACUUGUAAGGGCAGGAACAUAAU